AUGCCGCAUGCCGCGCAGAACCCGGCGACAGGCCGCUACCAGCUCUACAAGCAAGGCACAGCGCGAAUUGUCGCUUGGCUCGUAGAGACAGCGAGCAAGAUUGCCGACACACCCAAAAGCCUUUGCUCCCUCAACACCCUCGAUGGUGCACCUAAUAGCACUCAGAGGAAGCAAAAAAGUGUGACCAUAGUCAAGACUCGAGAGCUGCUGGCUUUCGCACGGGUCAUCGCGACCGCUUCAUUAUCUAGGGUGCCACCAGCUAUCAUCGACCUUAUCGCCCAGGUCAUCGAAGGUCGACAAGCAUGCGCCGACUGGUAUGCAUUAGAGCCGGCCAGUACCGAAAACAAGUCGCAUGCGCACUUCAUCCAGGUCUUGCGUCAAGUAUAUGAUCUGCUUAAGCUUUUGAGACAGGAAGAGCCACGGACCGUUCGAGCCAAGGCAAAGGCGGUCAGAGAUGACAAUGACGAGGUCGCCAACUUGAGCAAUAUCUUCGCACGACUCGAGGUCGAAGAACCAGCUGCGGCGCCGCUCGGUAAUGCACCCGAUGUGACGAUCCGACUCGAAGCCACGGAACACGAUGCGGAAAUCGAGCUAGAGCACGACGGCGGUAGGAGCAGCUCUUUAAGCUGUACUGUCUUCUCCAGGACGCGCGAGACGUGCGUCUCUUCAUCAAGCAAGCUUGGCGAGACUAUGCAGCGGGUGAGCUGA